GUAGGAAAUAUGGCACCUUCGAAUCCCGUUGUGGAUUCUCAUUUCUGAAAUUUUCAAUACAGAUUUCUCGCUAUCCCCCCUUUGGGCAUAUAAAUACGUGAAAAAACACAUUUCUCAAUUGCUGUGAAGAUUACUUCUCUUUCUCUUUCUAACUGCUGCUCAGGGGUAGAUAGCAAGUAGAGGAAAUGGGUAGGCUUUUUCUGAUUAGUCUUGAAGGAAACAGCUACAAAUGCAAGCACUGUCGAGCUCAUCUUGCGUUGGCUGAUCACAUCAUUUCUAAGUCAUUCCACUGCAGUCAUGGGAAGGCUUACCUCUUUGAUAACGUUGUGAACGUCACCGUUGGAGAGAAAGAAGACCGGAUGAUGAUGACAGGAAUGCACACAGUUGUGGACAUAUUUUGUGUUGGAUGUGGCUCAAUUGUGGGGUGGAAAUAUGAAGCCGCACAUGACAAGAACCAAAAGUACAAGGAAGGGAAAUUCAUUCUUGAGAGGUUUAAGGUCGAGGGUCCAGAUGGAACCCUCUAUACAGUAAGCCAAGAUUCUCAGCUUGGAAGUGAUGCAGAUGAACCUUGAGUGGCCAUCCUACCAUGCCAUUAAUAAUCAAAUCUCUCUUUGCAACUGUACAUCCUCUAACUGCUUGCCCUUGUUGGUAAAAGCAAUCUUGAUCUUCAGUUAGUAUUGAUGCUAACUGCCAAUAUAGCCAAGUUUUGCAGGUUACUUUUAGAACGGUCAUCCUUUUCGUUAUAAACAAUUUGAAUUGGAAUGUUUGCUCUUAUAUCGCUUGGCUGAACAGAUUAGCCCUCUGAUUGAAUCGGAGAAGGCACGACUAGUUAGAAGAUUGUGGCACUGCAACUUCGGUGAACUUCCAUCACCAAGUGAGAUGGUCGAAAUUAUUAUUAACCGCUUCGCCAGCAAAGCUGCCUAUUACUUCUAGUCUAUCAGAUACUAUCUUGCUUUUCCCCUUGCUGACUUGUUUUGACACAUGGAAUAUUAUUCCUCGGUUGGUUGGUUUAAGUGACCAGAAAGUUUUUCAGUA